CUAUCGCAGUGCGGCAAGCAACAAAAGGACUGGAGAGCGCCCGCGGGGCUCGAACCACUGGCCUGGUGGAAGCCGCCAGACCACGUGAUUAAAUGGAUGCUGUCGAAGGAACCGCUGAGCUAAAGCCAGUCCGCACGCUGGACUCCGGACGGAUUCUCUUCCCUGCGCACCAGAACGUGCGUCACAAACACGGCGUCACCGACAGCUGCCUGGCACUUGCUCACAGGGCACUCCCACUUCACCGGGCACCACAGCGACCCCGACACCGCCCGGCCGCCCGCACCCACCCGCACCACCUUGUGCGCCCGCCCCACCGUGCCGCCUCGCGGUUCCGUGCCUUCUCUCCUUCCACGCAGCGCUCUUCCCCUCCAAGCCUUCCUGGAAGCACCUCCAAGGCUCCCACCGCAGGCGGGGAGCCUCAGCCCGCCCGCCGCCGCCACACGGGGUCACUCGCUGCCCAUCCGCUGCUGGGUCACCACCCGAUCCUACUUGCAAGGGGACGUUUCACCCCAUGCAAACUAUGGCACUCUUGCUCUUGCAUCAGCUGCUUAGGGCAGUCUCACAGUGGCCAACCGUCUGAUCUGUUUCCAAUACACACACUUCAGGAUGCACAGCAGGGAAGCCUCAGACCCCCUUCCUUCCUGCACCCCCAGGAGUUUGUGAGCCGGCCGAACCGUCCUGCCUCACGCUGUUUUCUCCCUAGACAACGCUCUUUCCCUCAAGGCUCGCGGAAGCACCUCCCUGGCUUGCACUGCAGACGGAGAACCUUAGUGUUCCCACCGCCGCCACACGGGGUCACUCUCUAGCCAUCGGCUGGUAGGUCAGUGCUGGUUCCCACUUCGAA